AAAUGGUAAUCGCACAAACGUAUUGAGAUCAGUAGGACUUCUAAUUCCAUGGACUUUCAAUUAGGAGCUUCUUCCUCUUUUUCACCCUCUUCAUCUCCUUCCAUCCGCUCAUGGAAACAUGAUGUAUUCUUGAGCUUUAGAGGUGAAGAUGUUCGCAAUAACUUUAUUUCUCAUCUAUAUAAAGCUUUGGAUGGAAGGAAAAUCAAUACUUACAUUGACAACAAUCUCGAAAGAGGAGAGGAGAUUUCAUCAGCACUUUUCGAAGCUAUUGAAGGGUCAAUGAUUUCUAUUAUUGUACUCUCUGAAAAUUAUGCUGAAUCUAAAUGGUGUUUAGACGAGCUAUUGAAGAUUCUUGAUUGCAAGGAAACAAUAAAACAAAUUGUUCUACCAAUUUUUUUCAAAGUAGAUCCAUCAGAAGUACGACAUCAAACUGGAAUUUUUGGAAGAUCUUUUGAUAAACUUGUAGAUAAGCUCAAGGAUAAUGCAAAGAUGCUGAAAUGGAAGAAAGCUUUGGAAAAAGUAGCCAAUUUCUCUGGUUUCCCUUUCCCAUCAGCGAACUUCCGGGACGAGUCUGAAUGUAUCCAGAAGAUUGUUGAACAAGUCUCAAGCAAACUACCAAUUCGUACACGCUUGCUUGUUGCGGAUCAUCCGGUUGGGUUGGAGUCUCGUGCAGAAGAUAUAAUUAAUACGCGUUUAGGUAUUGAGAUCAUUAAUGAGACACGCAUGAUAGGGAUUUUCGGUAUCGGUGGAAUUGGUAAAACAACUAUUACAAAAGAGGUGUUUAACCGCAUUGCUAAUCAGUUUGAAGAGAGUUGUUUUCUUGCCAAUGUUAGAGAAAAUUCAAAACCAGAUAAGGGCGGUCUUGUGAAAUUGCAAAAGAAAAUUCUUUCUAAGAUCCUAAGAGUUGAUCCAAAGCUGGUUGAGGUCGAUGAUGUGGAUCAAGGAAUCAUUCUGAUACAGGAGAAACUUUGCUGUAAAAAGAUCCUUUUGAUUCUUGAUGACGUUGAUGAUCUGGACCAAUUAAAAUAUCUAAGUGGGAGAUCCGAUUGGUUUGGAUUGGGAAGUCGAAUCAUCAUAACAACAAGAGAUGCGCAUCUACUAGUGCAGCUUGAUUUUGGUAAUUGGAAAACAUAUUCUAUGAAUACAUUGGAUUCUCAAGACGCUCUUAAGCUCUUUUCCUGGCAUGCCUUCAGGCGUGACCAACCGGAUAAUGAUUUUGUGGAACUCACAAAACUUGCAAUGCAAUAUGCUGGUGGCCUUCCGCUCGCUUUGAUUGUGGUAGGCUCAAAUCUACGCGGAAGAGAUAGAUGUUUUUGGGAAAGCGAAUUGGGAAAGUACGAAAGAAUUCAACAUAAAAAGAUCUAUGAUAUACUCAAAAUAAGUUUCGAUGGAUUAGAUGAUUUGGAACAAAAUAUUUUCCUCGACAUUGCAUGUUUCUUCAAAGGACACGAAAGAGAAUAUGUCACUAAAAUACUAGACAGUUGCGGUUUCUUUCCCGAUGCUGGUAUCGAAGUGCUCAAGGAUAAAUGUCUCAUAUCACUUGAUCAAGAUUAUAUUGGUCGCCAAUAUUUGAGGAUGCAUGACUUACUAGAAGAUAUGGGUAAAGAAAUUGUUCGACAGGAAUCACCCAAAGAACCUGGCAAAAGGAGUAGAUUAUGGUUUUAUGAAGAUGUUCGUGAAGUACUUGAAAAAAAUAAGGGAACAGAGCAAAUUGAAGGCAUAUUGAUAGAAAUGCCUCCGAAGGACAGCAGGAUACGUUUGGAUUCUGAUGUGUUUGCAAAAAUGGAAAAACUCAGAAUAUUAAAAGUUAGUACCUUCUGUGACUGUGGUGGAUUGAAUUAUCUCUCUAAUGAGUUAAGAGUUCUUGAUUGGCCCAUAUGUCCUUUGGAGUUUUUGCCAUCUUCUUUUCAUGGAGAGAAACUCAUUGUUUUCAAUAUCAGAGAAAGCAAAAUUAGAGAUUUAGGGACAGGAUUGCAAUCUAAGAACUUAACAAGUAUAGACCUAUAUUUCUGUGAAUACUUGACAAAUAUAUCGGAUCUUUCAAGUUGCUCAAAUCUAGAGAAGUUGCUUUUUUAUGGAUGUGCAAGUUUAGUUGAGGUUCAUGAUUCUGUUGGAUUUUUGGAUAAGCUUGUUGAAUUGGAUUUUAGAUAUUGUUCUAGCCUAAAGAAGUUGCCAAGAAGCUUCAAGUUGAGAUCUCUAGAACGCCUUAAACUUACAGGUUGUACUAGUCUUGAAAACUUUCCAGAAAUUGAGUGUGAAAUGAAAUAUUUGAAAUGUGUCAAGUUAAAAGAGACGGGAAUACAGGAGCUACCUUCAUCCUUUACAUACCUCACUGGGCUCGAGAAGUUAUUUAUAAUUGGGUGCGACAGCUUUGUGCAUUUUCCAGUAAACAUUUUUCUGUUGGAACAUCUACAGGAUGUUUCCAUCAUGCAUUGUCCAAAUUUUGUAAAUUUUGGAAAGGUGGUGGGGCAUAAUGGACAAUUCGUGCCAUGUACACAGGAAAAUGAAAUUUCAUCAAGUAUGGAAUUUAAUUUCUCAUCCAGUUUGAAGACUUUAAGUCUACGUGGUAGUGGUAUUGUUAGCCUUUCUCCAUGCAUCGAAGGAUUGGUUGGAUUGUCUAAACUUGAUUUGACAUUCUGCUAUCAACUUAAAGAAAUUCUAUACCUUCCACCAAAUAUAGAAGAGGUAAAUGCCACAAGAUGUUCCAGCCUAAAGGAUUUCUUUCCAGAAUCAAAUAAUUUAUCUCGGACAUAUAAUUUCUCAUCCAGUUUGAAGACUUUAAUUCUAUGUGGUAGUGGUAUUGUUAGCCUUUCUCCAUGCAUCGAAAGAUUUGUUGGAUUGUCUGAACUUGAAUUGUCAAACUGCGACCAACUUGAAGAAAUUCUACACCUUCCACCAAAUAUAGAAAAGGUAGAUGCUAGUGAAUGUUCGAGCCUAGAGAGUUUCUUACCAGAAUCAAAUAAUUUAUCUCGGACAUAUGAUUUCUCAUCCAGUUUGAGGACUUUAAAUCUAUCUGAUAGUGGUAUUGUUAGCAUUCCUCCAUGCAUCGAAGGAUUUGUUGGAUUGUCUGAACUUGAUUUGAGAGGCUGCCAGCUACUUGAAGAAAUUCUACACCUUCCACCAAAAAUAGAAAAGGUAGAUGCUGAAGGAUGUUACAGCCUAAAGAAAUUCUUACCAGAAUCAAUUAAUUUAUCUCAGACAUAUAAUUUCUCAUCCAGUUUGAAGACUUUAAUUCUACGUGGUAGUGGUAUUGUUAGCCUUUCUCCAUGCAUCGAAAGAUUUGUUGGAUUGUUUGAACUUGAUUUGGGAUUCUGCGAGCAACUUGAAGAAAUUCUACACCUUCCACCAAAUAUAGAAAAGGUAGAAGCUAGUGGAUGCGUGUUAUUGGAACGCUUUCCUCAUGUAUCGACAGAAUCUUCAUUUGGUAUACCCGACUUAAAACGGCUAAGCAAGAUUGACUUAUUGGAAUGCAAUAAAGUGGAAGUGGAUGUAGGGAAUCAUGCGCCAGAUCCAUUAUUGGUACAGGAACGCUUUCGGGAGAAAGAAUCAAGUACGAUUAUAUAUCCAGGAAGUAGGAUUCCAGAGUGGUUCAAGUAUUGCAAGGAGACUACUUCAUAUACUAAUUCUAUUGAAAUAGAAAUUGAUCAUAACGCGUCUAUGUGUGGGCAUCCGAUCGUGGCAUUAGUUUUGUGUCUUGUUGUGGGACCUCUUACGAAAAGUGAACCUAUUCUUAUCAAAAUAAACGGCCAGUUGAUUAAAGAUUUAGAUAAUGAUGUUUAUCUGCCGAGUUCAACGGACCCACAUCGUGUAUGGCUACGAUACAUAGCUGGAAAUUCUACUGAUGAGAUGCUGCCAAGAAGUUACAGGGAGGGGAACUAUAAUAUGAGGUUUACAUUUGAAAUUGAUUCAGAGAAAGCAUUCUUCAAAAGUGCUGGAGUCCAUCUAAUAUACGGGAAUGACAAUUUGAUUGAUCUUAAUAAUCAAUGUUCAAAGAGAUACCGAGAUGAUGGUGAGAAUGACUUGGAAUCCGAUUGGAACCCACAAAAGAAGAGGCGGGGAUCUUCAACGGCCAGCUCUAGCCUACUUGGGAAUGAAUCUAAAUUUAUGGAACAAAUUGUUCAAGAGGUCUCAAAAAUAGUAUUAGAUUGUACAUAUUUGCAUAUUGUUGAGUAUCCAGUGGGAAUAAAGUCUCGUGUAGAAGAUAUUAAUAUGCUAUUAUGUAUUGAGGAGAAUGACGUACGCAUGAUAGGGAUUUUCGGUAUUGGUGGAAUUGGUAAAACAACCAUUGCAAAAGAGAUGUAUAACCGCAUUACUAAUCAAUUUGAAGGCAGCUGUUUUCUUGCAAAUGUUAGAGAAUCUUCAAAACAAGAUAAAGGUGGUCUCGUAAAGUUGCAAAAGACAAUUCUUUCUGACAUUCUUAAAGAUUCAAGUUUGAAAGUUAGUAACGUUGAUCGAGGAAUCAAUUUGAUAACGGAGAGACUUUGUCAUAAAAAAAUUCUUUUGGUUCUUGAUGAUGUUGAUCAUUUGGACCAAUUAAAAAAAUUAUGUGGAAGAUGCGAUUGGUUUGGUUCUGGGAGUCGAAUCAUCAUAACAACAAGGGAUGAGGGUUUACUAACUAAGUAUGGUGUUAGUUUGAAAUAUCCUAUGAAGGAAAUGGAUCACAAUGAAGCCCUUCAACUCUUUACCCAGCAUGCCUUCAAAAGUGACAAACAUAUUGAUGGUUUUGCGGAUCUCUUAGAGGAUGCACUACAUUAUGCUGGCGGCCUUCCACUCGCUUUAAAAGUGAUAGGCUCAAAUCUAUAUGGAGAAGAUGUAUGUUAUUGGAAAAGUGAAUUGGAAAAGUACAAAAGAAUUCCAGAAAAGGAAAUCCAGGAAAAACUCAAAAUAAGUUACGAUGGAUUAGAUGAUUCUACAAAAAAGGUUUUCCUUGACAUUGCAUGUUUCUUUAAAGGAGACAAGAGAGAAUAUGUCACUAAAAUACUGGACAGUUGUGGUUUCAGUGCCUAUGCCGGUAUCAAAAAGCUCAAUGAUAAAUGUCUCAUAACAAUUGAUCAAUAUGAUGGUAACCAAUAUUUGUGGAUGCAUGACUUACUACAAGAUAUGGGAAGAGAAAUUGUUCGACAAGAAUCACCCGAAGAACCUGGCAAGCGCAGUAGAUUAUGGUUUGACAAAGAUGUCCGUGAAGUACUUGAGAAAAAUAAGGGAACAGAGCAAAUUGAAGGCAUAUUGAUAGAUUUGCCUUGGGAGGAUUGCAUGAUACGUUUGGGUUCUGAGGUGUUUGCAAAAAUGGAAAGCCUCAGAAUAUUAAAAAUUAUAUGCUGCAGUGAAAUUUUUUGUGGCGGAUUGAAGUAUCUCUCUAAUGAGUUAAGAGUUCUUGAUUGGCUCGGUUGCUCUUUGGAGUUUUUGCCAUCUUCUUUUCAUGGAAAGAAACUCAUUGUUUUAAACAUAAGAGGAAGCAAUAUUACUGAUUUCGGCACGGGAUUGCAAUCUAAGAACUUGACACGUAUAGAUCUCAGUUAUUGUCGAUACUUGACAAAUAUAUCGGAUCUUUCAAGUUGCCCAAAUCUAGAGGAGUUGGUUCUUGAUGGAUGUACAAGAUUAGUUGAGGUUCAUGAUUCUGUUGGAUUUUUGGAUAAGCUUGUUGAAUUGAGAUUGGAAGGAUGUUCCAAUUUCAAGAAGUUGCCAAGUAGCUUCAAGUUGAGAUCUCUAGAAUUACUUGAGCUUGAAGGUUGUACAAGCCUUGAAAACUUUCCUGAAAUUGAGUGUGAAAUGGAACAUUUGAAGCGGGUCGUGAUAGAAAGCACUGUAAUACAAGGGCUACCUUCAUCCAUUACAUACCUCACUGGACUCGAGGAGUUAUUUAUCAAUGGGUGCAAAAGCCUUGUGCUUUUUCCAAUAAACAUUUUUCAGUUGGAACAUCUAAAGGAUGUUACAGUCAUUAAAUGUCCAAAUUUUGUAAAUUUUGGACAGGAGGUGGGGCAUAAUGGACAAUCCAUGCCAUGUACACAAGAAAAUAAAAUUUCAUCCAAUUUGGCUUAUUUAAAUCUAUCUGAUUGUGGUUUUGUUAGCCUUCCUCCAUGCAUCGAAGGAUUCGUUGGAUUGUCUUACCUUCAUUUGAGAGAUUGCAAGCAACUUGAGGAAAUUGUACACCUUCCACCAAAUUUAGAACAGAUAGAUGCUACAGGAUGCGUGUUAUUGCAAUGCUUUCCUCAUGUAUCGACAGAAUCCUCAUUUGGUAUAACCGAGUUAAAACGGCUAAAAUUGAUUCACCUAUCAGAGUGCAAUAAAGUGGAUGUGAAUGUCGGGAAUCAAGCACCAGAUCCAUUAUUGGUUCAGGAACGCUUUCGGGAGAAAGAUUCAAGUAGGAUUAUAUAUCCAGGAAGUAGGAUUCCAGAGUGGUUCAAGUAUUGCAAGGAGACUACUUCAUAUACUAAUUCUAUUGAAAUAGAAAUUGAUACUAAUGAGUCCAUAUGUUUUGGUUAUCAGAUCAUGGCAUUAGUUUUGUGUUUUGUUUUGGACCUCUUCCGGUGGGAUGUAGAAUAGAAACUAUUACUAUCUCAAUAAAUGGCCAAUCGAUUACACAUGCUAACAUAUGGCCUUCAAAAGACCAACAUCGUGUAUUGCUACAGUACAUAGCUGGAAAUUCUAUAGAUCAGAUGGUGUCAAGAAGUUACAGGGAGGGGAACAAUAUGAGGUUUACAUUUGGAAGUGAUCGAAAGAAAGCAAUCUUCAAAAGUGCGGGAGUCCAUCUAAUAUACAGGAAUGACAAUUUGAGUGAUUGUAUUCUACCUUCAAGUAUCAUGCUGAUAUGAUGGUGAGCAUGACAAUGGAUCCCGAUUGGAACCCCGAGCAGAAGAGGCGGGGAUCUUCAACCAACUCUAGCAUUAUGGGAAUUCAAGUAGGCUAUUAAUGAAGAACUUUCGACUUGGGAAUGCUUUCGAGAGAAAGAUUCAAGUAGGAUUAUAUAUCCAGGAAGUAGGAUUCCAGAGUGGUUCAAGUGUUGCAAGGAGACAAGUUCAUAUAGUAAUUCUAUUGAAGUAGAAAUUGGUCAUAAUGCGUCCAUGUGUUUUGGCAUCAGAUUGUGGCAUUAGUUUUCUGUUUUGUUGUGGGACCUAAAGGGGGUACUUUAAUCACCACAAUAAACGGCCAGCUGAUUAAUAGAUAUUUUGAUUGUGAUAUAUGGCCUUCAAUGGACCCACAUGAUCGUGUAUGGCUACAAUACAUAGCUGGAAAUUCUAUUGAUCAGAUGCUAUCAAGAAGUUACAGGGAGGGGAACAAUAUGAGGUUUACAUUUGAAAGUUGGCUUUGAGAAAGCAAUCUUCAAAAGUGUUGGAGUCCAUCUAAUAUAUAGAAAUGACAAUUUUAUUGAUCUUAAUAUUCAACUUUCAAAGAGAUACCAAGAUGAUGGUGAGUAUGACAUGACUUGGAACCUGAUUGGAACCCACAACAGAAGAGGCGGGGAUCUUCAACGGCCAGCUAUAGGUUUAAUGGAGUUCAUAGAUGCUAAUGAAGAUUUGGAUUUAAAACUUCAACUUGGAUAUGAAUUGAAGUUCGAAAAGGAAUAAAAGUUGUGGAAGGAAUCAAAGUUGGGAAAGAACUAUAACCAUAACAGACUUUAACGGCUGUCUUAGUGCUUGAUUUGGGCAAAUUUGACCUUCCCUUUUUAGCCCCCCAAAGCUCAAAUAUUUCAAGAAAUCACUAUUGUUCUCCCUCCUAUGCAUAAACCCUAGCUGCAAGCCUCUCUUCAAUGAUCUUGAACGGUUUUAUCAUCAACUUCAGUGGAAGAUCGAUGCUGUCCUGCUAAACUUAUCAAGACUUCAAUGGCCACUCUUGGUUUUCUCCUCGGGGUUUGAUAAAAGUCCUCUUAGUGGCUCAAACCUUUCAAUCACAGGAUGCUUUUGGAAUUUGCAGCAAACUUUCUAUGAGACUAUGAUCACCUCUUCCCAUAUUGGAAAGGAUGCUGGAUGAAUUGUUAUACUAGACAUUAGAAGGUCACCAUUAAAAGGCUGAAAACUAAUGACCAAAUUUGUGUGUGAAGGGAAGAAAGGGUAAUUGCUGAGAGUUUCUGGUUUGGGAAAUGACACAAAUCAUUGGUCCUAAAGCUCUAGAUGGGAUUAUUAUCAUACUUUUGAACCCAUCUCAACAUUAGAAAGAACGAGGAAAUAAUAAGGUCAUGUACUAAUGCAUACUGAAAGACUUCUAUAUUGGCCUGCCAUUUUGUGGUUAUCUUGCUGGAGCUCGUGUAUCUAAUCGUGCCUUAUUUGAUGGCUAACCGUACGUGGCAGAGUCAGUACCAUAAACACAUAUUGUUAAAUGGGUGCCUUAAUUGCUACAUGUAUUGGAUGCCAACUGCAGACAUGCCGCUGCUCCUGCAGCACCCUCUCCCUGUCUUGUGAUGUAGGAUAUGCAAAGUAUGUGACACAAUACCGUUUUAUUCCAAAAGAUUGAAUUUCUUGUCAAUACCAUAAACACAUAUUGUUAAAUGGGUUCUGCCCUUGAAGAUCCGUCCGGUAGGAAAUGUAGCUGGUAGAGUUUUAUUAAUCACUUUUCCUCUAGAAAAUCCUACAUAUUUAUUAUUUUUUUAUAAAAUUAAUUUUCUUGUUCUUGUUC